CAUAUGGAGGACUGACCUUAUAAACAUACAUCUGUCACUUUUUACUACAUUUUAAGUGAAUAUAUAACUCUCGACAUAAGAUUGUUUUCAGCGUCAGAUGGAAUGAUCGUUCGGUACAUUUAUAUCAUAGCGUAGUACAUAUUAUAUCUUAAAGUAGCCAUGAAUCUGUCUACAUUGGACAACAGAACUUGUUCGGAAAACUCUACUAUAUGCAACGGUUCAUCUUGCUUGAUGCCUCCUGACAACUAUAACAGAAUACUUAGUACCGUCUUGAGUGCCUCUAUCACAUCACUGCUGGCACUGGUCAUGUUUUCUUUGGGCUGCAGUGUGGAAUUUAGGAAAUUCUGGGGCCAUAUCAGAUAUCCAUGGGGUAUCAUAGUAGGAUUCCUCUGUCAGUUCGGAAUCAUGCCGAUUGCAGGUUUUCUACUAGCAAUUCUAUUCAGUGUCCACCCACUUCAAGCUGUGGUGGUGCUUAUCAUGGGAUGUUGCCCGGGAGGAACCGGCUCCAAUAUCUUGUCCUACUGGGUGGACGGAGACAUGGAUUUAAGUUUAAGUAUGACCACCUGCUCAACAUUGUUUGCUCUUGGCAUGAUGCCUUUAUGUCUCUUUUUGUACACAAAAAAAUGGGUUGAUACAGAUUCCAUCGUUAUACCUUAUGAUACAAUUGGCAUCUCAUUGGUGACUUUGGUCGUUCCUGUUGCAAUUGGAAUGUGUGUGAACUAUAAGUGGCCAAAGGUAGCAAAGAAAAUUCUAAAGGUGGGAUCUAUUGUUGGAGGUAUUCUCAUUGUUACUGUUGCUGUGAUUGGUGGAGUACUGUACAAGGGAUCUUGGGUCAUCGAUCCCAAGCUGUGGAUUAUAGGAACUAUUUUCCCAGCCAUAGGUUUCUGUGUGGGUGGGACCUUGGCAAUUUUAGCUAAUCUGUCAUGGAGCAGGUGUCGCACUGUGGCAUUGGAAACUGGACUGCAGAAUACUCAGUUGUGUUCUACCAUUGUACAACUCUCAUUCACACAGGAGCAACUGCCUCUGAUAUUUACUUUCCCUCUGAUAUACAGUAUUUUCCAGAUCUUAAUAGCCGUUAUAUUCUUAAUAGUGUACCAGAUAUAUAAAAAGAUAUGUGGGAAAAAAGAGCAAGAGGAAGAAACGGUUUCACCCUACGCACACACAAAUUUAGGAUUUGAAAUAGAUGAGAAAGGAAAAAAAUGAGAUCCACCUAUGUAAGGAGACCUUUCCAUUUCUGAAAGACUGAGAUCUCUGGAACGGGUUGAUGUAGCAAUCAGCCUUGAGAUGAUGAGCUGAAUGAAGUGAUAUGUGUUUUUUUUCUAUACUGUAUGUUAGUCAUAUCCAAAAACUUUCUGGGUAGGUACUAUUAUAUUGGUUUUCAAAUAGUCUAGUUAGUUACUUGUCCAAAUAUCCAUGUAAUGUGGUCUUUAGAUAAAAUGUACAUUCAGUCGAAUAGGAUAAUGUUUUUC